AGGGCUUACUUAUCUAAGCCUGAGAUCAUUUAUCAGCAACUGACCAAAGAUGCUCCAGUAACCUGUGCUUUUUAAUACUGCUAUAGGACAGUCCCUUUUUUUGUAUUUUCUAUCAAGUCUGGUACAGAGCAGUACCCAGUUUUUUUUUCACACAGCCACUGGCCGUACAGGUUUGUAGGAGCUGUGAGCAGAAAUUCUGCUGUCAGGGAAUGAGGAGAAGAUGCACAAUACCAAGUCUUCUAAUUAAAAAAUGGUAGAGAAUUUUAAAGUUUCUAUUGCAGAUAGAUAUCAUUGGGUCUAGAUAAGACACACACACAAAGAUUAUGAUUUUUGAGUUAACAUCCCCUUUAAACUAAACUAAGCACGUGAUGAAAGGUACCGGAAAAAUAAGGAUUAUCUUUCCAGUAUAGUGCGGUAAUACGAGGUAGUAACAUGUCAGAGGGAGAACAAAGAUUCCCACCCGUCAGUAUUAUCUACAUUGGUGCAUGAAUCCAGUCAGUGCUCACUGCAGAGUGUUUCCUUCCCAAGCUUUAGUUCAGGUGCCAGGAAGAUGAACCAGGCGCACAGAGCAGCCAAUUAGAAAGCAUUGUAUCCUUAUCCUGGGUGCUUUUCCCUAGCACAUAUACAAAAGAGGGGGAGGAGAGAGGAGGGUGUUUGCAAAGCUGACUCAACCGUGGUCAUGUUGUCAAAUCUGUGUUUUCUACUUGUCAAUCUGCUCAGAUUGGAGAGACGUGUCUGGCUUCCAAAGCACCUAAUGCGCAGACGCCAGGCAGACAGUGCUCUGUGCAAUGCUCUUGCACGUAGGAAGGGAAUUACCUUUUCCUUUCUUUCUAUUUAGCAGCUUUUGACCUCUUUUUUUCUCUCCCUCUUUUUUUAAUAUAACCAUCAUCACCAUCCUUUUCCCUUUACCUCACUGUCCUCCAUUGCCUACAAAAUCACCAUAGUAUUUCCCAUCACCUGCAUUUUCCUUUAGUUAAACAGAAGCAUUCGGAAUUAGCAAUUUAUGUAACCCAAGGCAGUGCCUGUUGAUUGCUGGUCUGGAUGUUAUAAUCCCUGCCGGGUGCCCUUUAAUGUCGUUCUGUUCUCUUUCAUACUCACACAUAAAUUGGGAUGUAGCUGUUUUUAUCCAUUCCUUAUUAUAACCUCCUAUUAUAUGUUCUCCAUUCUGGCGGCUUCCUGCUGAUUUCCUUCAGUGCUUCCCUUGUGAGCUUGAAUGAGCAGAAGAAGAGAGACCCCAGCGUUCCCCUCGGGUGUAUGAAUGGCACUGAUAUGGAGGAAAUACCUUUCCAGAAAGUAAAAACCAGGAGAAAGAAGUGUCACUGCUUGCCCGCCCCCCCUUUGGAUGCCAUUGCAUGUGAAGACGAAUUUGACUGCAAAGAGCUGGAAUCCCUCUUCCAAAAUUACAACCUGAAGCUGGAGCAAACUUCCACCCUGAAAGCUCUGACAGUGCUCAUCAUCAUGACAGGCACUUUGGCACUGCUGGAACUCAUGUCUGGCCCGAACUUGACCAUCUCCAAGGGCUCCCACCCAGUGCACUGCAUCAUUUUCCUUUCUCUCUUCAUAGUCACCAACGUCAAGUAUCUGCAGGUCACUCAGCUCCAGCAAAUUGUCAAAUUAACCUUACUUUUCAGCUUUACUUUUUCCUUCCUGUGCUGCCCUUUCUCUUUGGGAGUUUAUGGCUUGGAGCCCCUUGUUUCUUCUGAAAAUGGACUGUGGCAACUCAUGUUGGUGACCUUUGUGGCUUAUGCCCUGCUGCCAGUGAGAACUCUUUUGGCCAUUGUUUUUGGAUUCAUGGUCUCUGUCUCACACAUCAUUGUUACAGCCACUUCUAUAAGCCCUAAAAAGAAAAGGCUCUGGAGAACGCUUGUGGUCAAUGCUAUUCUUUUUGUCAGUGUAAAUUUGUCUGGGGUCUUCGUGAGAAUUCUAACAGAAAGGGCCCAGCGAAAGGCAUUUCUUCAGGCCAGAAACUGCAUAGAGGAUAGACUGAGGCUGGAAGAUGAAAAUGAAAAACAGGAACGCCUACUAAUGAGCCUUUUACCAAGAAAUGUUGCUAUGGAAAUGAAAGAAGAUUUUCUGAAGCCGCCAGAAAGAAUUUUCCAUAAAAUAUACAUUCAGAGGCAUGACAAUGUUAGCAUUUUAUUUGCAGAUAUUGUUGGUUUUACCAGCUUAGCAUCCCAGUGUACUGCACAAGAGUUGGUUAAGCUUUUAAACGAACUUUUUGGAAAAUUUGAUGAAUUGGCUACAGAAAACCACUGCAGGAGAAUAAAGAUCCUUGGAGACUGUUAUUAUUGUGUGUCGGGGCUCACUCAACCCAAAACUGAUCAUGCACACUGCUGUGUCGAAAUGGGGCUGGAUAUGAUUGACACCAUUACAUUCAAGCCACGCGUUCUGGACCUGAAUGUGUCGGUUGCUGAAGCAACUGAAGUGGAUCUUAAUAUGAGAGUGGGUUUGCACACAGGACGUGUACUUUGUGGAGUUCUAGGGCUUCGCAAAUGGCAAUAUGAUGUCUGGUCCAAUGAUGUCACUUUAGCCAAUGUAAUGGAAGCUGGAGGAUUACCUGGGAAGGUUCACAUAACUAAGAACACAUUGGAGUGCCUAAAUGGAGAUUAUGAAGUUGAACCCGGAUAUGGCUAUGAACGAAACAGUUUCUUGAAAAAGCAUAAUAUUGAAACUUUUUUUAUUGUGCCAUCUCAUCGAAGGAAGAUCUUUCCAGGAUUAAUUCUUUCUGACAUAAAACCUGCCAAAAAGAUGAAGUUUAAGACAGUCUGCUACCUAUUAGUGCAACUAAUGCACUGCCGUAAAAUGUUCAAAGCUGAGAUUCCAUUUUCAAAUGUAAUGACCUGUGAAGAUGACGAUAAGAGGAGAGCUUUACGGACAGCUUCAGAAAAACUCAGGAACCGUUCAUCUUUUUCUACAAAUGUAAUACACAGCACUCCAGGAACGCGUGUAAAUCGAUAUAUUGGCCGUUUGAUAGAAGCACGGCAAACUGACUCUGAAAUGUCAGACUUGAAUUUUAUAACUUUAAAAUAUAAACACUUUGAGCGUGAACAAAAGUACCAUCAGCUUCAUGAUGAAUACUUCACCAGUGCAGUUGUUCUUUCAUUAAUUUUAGCUGUGUUAUUUGGUCUUGUCUACCUUCUAAUAUUUCCACAAAGCACUAUCGUCCUCAUACUCCUGGUGUUCUGCUUAUGUUUCCUUGGGGCUUGUAUCAUGUAUCUACAUGUCACACGUGUGCAGUGCUUUCCAGGGUGCCUCACAAUUCGGAUUCGAACCAUUUUGUGCAUAUUUGUAGUAAUAUUAAUUUACUGUGUUGCCCAAGGAUGUGUGGUUGGCUGCAUGCCUUGGAUAUGGAGAUCAAACAACAGCAGUUCCAUUGUGAUUAUCACUCCGAAGGGAGAAAAUAAAACAAUGAAUGAACGCCCAUGUGACACAGCUCAUUAUACUUUUUUAACCUGUGUUGUUGGGACAUUAAGCUUAGCAAUAUUUUUACGAAUUUCUUCCUUUCCAAAAAUGAUUCUUUUACUUUUUGUUACAGUUUUGUACAUAGUUGUUUUGGAAAUCAGUGGAUACAGGAAAACAUUGAGGGGGGACUAUUCUUACUUGCGAGGUUAUGAACCUAUUCUAGCCAUUUUACUCUUUUCAUGCUCUUUGGCACUCCACUCUAGACAGGUGGACUUGAAACUACGUCUGGACUACCUCUGGGCUGUGCAGGCAGAAGAAGAGCGAGAUGACAUGGAGAGAGUGAAACUGGACAAUAAAAGGAUUCUCUUUAACCUUCUGCCAGCACAUGUUGCACAGCACUUCCUUAUGUCUAAUCCAAGGAAUAUGGACCUUUAUUAUCAGUCUUAUUCACAAGUUGGUGUUAUGUUUGCCUCCAUUCCAAAUUUUAAUGAUUUUUACAUUGAACUUGAUGGCAAUAAUAUGGGAGUGGAAUGUUUACGUCUUUUAAAUGAAAUUAUUGCAGAUUUCGAUGAGCUCAUGGAAAAAGAGUGUUAUAAAGACAUUGAAAAAAUCAAGACAAUUGGAAGUACUUACAUGGGAGCUGUAGGACUUGUGCCAACAACUGGAACUAAGGCAAAAAAAUCUAUUUACUCCCAUCUGAGUAACUUGGCUGAUUUCUCAAUCGAAAUGUUUGAUGUUCUUGAUGAAAUCAAUUAUCAAUCUUACAACGAAUUUGUCCUAAGAGUGGGUAUUAAUGUGGGUCCUGUAGUAGCAGGAGUCAUUGGUGCCCGGCGUCCACAAUAUGAUAUAUGGGGAAAUACCGUAAAUGUUGCUAGCAGAAUGGACAGUACAGGGGUGCAAGGCAAAAUUCAGGUAACAGAAGAUGUUCAUCGAAUACUAAAAAGUUUCAAUUACGAGUUUGUAUGCCGAGGUAAAGUUAGUGUCAAAGGAAAGGGAGAGAUGCUGACAUAUUUUCUCGAAGGAAAAGUUGAUGGAACAAAUUCACAAACCAGAUCUUUAAACAUGGAACGCAAAAUGUACCCAUAUGGCAGAACAAACAUUCAAACAAAGUUGGGUACUAGUUGUCCUGCAGGAUCUUUAUCCAGCUUUCCAGUCAAACCUGGUCAGAGUACACUACAACCAACAACAUCCCAUGCAAAUCAGACGCUGCAUUAUCUGCCUUCUGUGCCUGCAGCUGAAGAGGCAUAAAACCAAGAAAAACUUGCUUGUGCAAUCAAAACUGAAUUUCAGGAAAAUACCUGUUUUUUAUAUUAAGAAAUGAUGGAAUCAAGAGAUGUCACUUUAACAAGGAUAAUUUGUCCAACCAAAGAGAACAAUGGAAAGCAGAAAGAUUUAAAAAAUUCAAGGGCUAACAAAAAUGAUAGGUUUAUCAGGGAACACACACCAUGUUCCAGUUUCUAAAGAAUGAUGACUGAUAUAGAGCAGAAACAAACUAAAACCAGUCUUGAUAGCGGGCAAAUUCAUAUAAUUUGAAGUGGGUCGUUUUGGUCAGGAAAAUCUCAUCUCAAAGUCACAUGGAAAUUUUGUAUAUGUUUUGUGUCAUGUUUUCAUGUUUUUUCGUCAUGCUUAACAACUUCUAUUCCAAAGAUUCAGUUGUCAAGCAGGAUGAAAAGCAUUUAGGAAAAGACAAUUUUUAUUGCUAAUGUAUUAAAAUUUAUAGUAUUCAUUUCUUCAGUCCUGCAUAUGGAAAUAAUGGGGUGGGUGACAAAACUAAAAACUUCCUAGUUAUAAAUUGUCAACUGCAACUACAAUUGUGAAGGUGCUAAACACUGAU